AUGGGGCGCGGCAAGGUGGAGCUGAAGCGGAUCGACAACAAGAGCAGCCGGCAGGUGACGUUCGCCAAGCGCCGCAACGGGCUGCUCAAGAAGGCGUACGAGCUGUCGGUGCUCUGCGACGCCGAGGUCGCGCUCAUCAUCUUCUCCACCCGCGGCCGCCUCUUCGAGUUCUCCACAUCCUCAUGGUACCACCACAUCUGA